AUGGAGCCCACAGUGCUCACAUCUUACCAAACGGAGUGGAAGAGAUCCGAGUUCGUCUGGAAGGGGAGGCAGGAAGCACUCGAGGGGGCCGCCAGUGCGCAGUACAAGUCAGGAUUGUACUUUGCCAACAAGAACGAGGCACUCGCUGCAAAGCUUUUCUCAAAGGCAGCCGAGCAGGGGUAUGCUGAUGCGCAAUACAACCUGGGAGUGUGCUAUUCCCACGGCAGAGGGGUGGUCAGAAAUAGGGUGCUCGCUGCAGAGCUCUACUCAAAGGCCGCCGACCAGGGGCAUGCCUCUGCACAGUUCAACCUGGGAGUUUGCCAUCAGUUUGGCAGAGGUGUGGACAAGAACGAGGCACUUGCUGCGCACUUGUUCAAGAACGCUGUGGACUAG